AUGAUCAAGCAGCUUCUGCUCAUCACUCUCCUAACUCCGAUUUCAGUUGCUCUUCUCACAGAUCAAGGCUCUUUCUUUGUCAGGGGCAUCCUGACGUGCAAUGGGAAUGCGUACUCCAAAAUGCCCAUCGAGACUUUCGAGAAGAACUACAUCUUCAAAGAUGAUCUGCUCACCACUACAACAACCAAUGACGAUGGAUCGUUCUAUAUAAAGUACUCUGGAAAGGACUUGGUCUUCUUCAACCCUUACAUCUAUGUUCCCAAUUAUUGCCUCGCUGAGACUUAUAAUGGGUUGAAAUGUACUACAGGCGCCAUGAUGAUUCAGAUUCCACGUGAGCAUAUCUCAGCUUCUCUAGCCCCUGAUUCGGAAUUCGUAGUUGGAGAAAUUGAUAUGGCCAACGAUGUACCAUUCGAAGCACAGGGAUUGGGACGGAUUUUUGGCGGAUUUCUGGUUAAUACGCACUAUUGUAUGGCAGCCUAA